AUAAUGCCUGGGUUGACGAAGACAUCAUGGCAUACUGGGUACAUCACAUGUGGAGACCAUGGAUGCGCAAUACAACUCCAAACCUUCUUGUCGCCGAUGUUCACCGUGCUCAAAAAACUAACAAAAUUCUUAACAUGCUACGAGAAUGUAACACUACAGUUGCACUUGUUCCACCGGGUUGUACAUCACUAGUGCAACCACUUGAUGUUUCUUUCAAUGCUCAAUUUAAACAG